UUUCUCUCCCGCCGCUCAACAGUCGCGGCAGAUGAGCCCGGACUCGAGGUAUGGUCGUAUGUGUUGCUUUUCCGCCCUUGUUAAACAAUGGCUUCGAAUUUUCCUCCUCCUUGUCGCUGAAUUUGAGGAAAAGAAAAUAGUAAUGCGUGUGUUGUGUGCCAUGGGAUUAAGUGAAGUUUUUAGAGUGUGAUAGAUAGAAGUGAUGAGUAGCUGAUAGAGGUGAGAGCGUGACCAACAUGUACCCCACCCCUGCAAGGCAUCCAUCGGCCGCGGGACCACCACCUCAAGGUGGUCAACUCAAAUUCACCAUUGCCGACACUCUGGAACGGAUUAAGGAAGAAUUCAACUUCCUUCAAGCCCAAUAUCACACGCUCAAAUUAGAGUGUGAAAAACUGGCUAGUGAAAAGACUGAAAUGCAACGGCACUACGUUAUGUAUUACGAAAUGUCUUAUGGCCUUAACGUAGAAAUGCAUAAACAGACUGAAAUCGCAAAACGCUUAAACGCAAUUAUCGCCCAAGUGCUGCCGUUUCUGGCCCAAGAACAUCAACAGCAAGUGGCAACGGCAGUCGAAAGAGCCAAACAAGUCACGAUGACUGAACUUAAUGCAAUAAUUGGGCAACAACAACAACAAGGUCUUCAACAAUUGCUUCAACAGAUCCACGCCCAACAACUCCCUCAUGGUCCUCACGGUCCAGGCUUACCCAUCGGUCCUCAUCCCGGCCUUCCAGGAAUGGCACCAGCCGCUGCUGCUGGUCUUUUGGGAUUUGGGGCGGGAUUAGGAGCGGGUGUUCCAGGAGCACCAACAGGACCACACGCUUCUGUAACCGGAGGCGCUCAUCCUUUACUAAAAUCAGCAGAUCUCCAUUCCAGGGAAGCCGUCGACAUCAAACCUGGAUCGGCUAAUGCCGAAGAAAGACUGAAUUCUGUUUCGCCCGGAGACAGAGAUAAAUACAGAUCGAGAUCGCCGCCAGACGUGGAACAGGAUGUCAAGAGACGGAAAGAAGAUAAAUUAGGCCAUGAGAGCGACGGCGAGAAGAGUGACCAAGACCUAGUUGUGGACGUCGCCAACGAGGAAGCCUCCUCCCCGCACACCAACGGUGAUCACGCCCCCCUUAGCAAUUCCGGUGUCGAAAUCCGUGAAAACGGCAGCACAAACGGCGAUAAAAUCAAAGUGGAACGGCCUCCAAGUCGUAGCGGCUCCUCCUCGUCCCGCAGCACCCCAUCCCUCAAAAGUAAAGAUGAAAAACCCCUGACUCCGGGCUCAAAACCCCGUUCUACGACACCGAAUCUAGGUGCGACACCUGGAGCCAGCGGCCCCAAAGUCGCACUGGGACAAUAUCCCCCUUACAGUUUGGCAGCCCCCCGUGAACACCUUAGUCCUUAUAAUAACGUAGCACCAUCGUACGGACGUCCACCUUUAAUGGGUUACGAUGGACAUCCGCAUGCACGGACUCCUGGAAUUGCAACGAACGGUUUAAGUUCGAUUCCAGGAGGUAAACCGGCCUAUUCGUUUCAUAUGAACGGUGAAGGACAAUUACAACCGGUGCCGUUUCCGACCGAUGCGCUCAUCGGACCGGGGAUUCCCCGACAUGCGCGACAAAUUAAUACAUUGAAUCAUGGCGAAGUUGUGUGUGCUGUGACCAUCUCGAAUCCGACCAAAUAUGUCUAUACGGGGGGCAAAGGCUGUGUUAAAGUCUGGGACAUCAGUCAGCCAGGGUCCAAGACACCGGUGUCUCAACUGGACUGCUUGCAAAGGGAUAACUACAUCCGCUCUGUGAAGCUCCUCCCGGACGGGCGCACCCUCAUCGUCGGGGGCGAAGCCAGCAACUUGUCCAUUUGGGACCUCGCCAGCCCCACACCACGUAUCAAAGCCGAACUGACCUCUAGUGCCCCCGCGUGCUACGCCCUCGCUAUCAGCCCCGACUCGAAAGUGUGUUUCAGUUGUUGUUCGGACGGAAAUAUCGCCGUUUGGGACCUUCACAAUCAGACUUUAGUGCGUCAAUUUCAAGGACAUACGGAUGGUGCUUCGUGUAUUGAUAUUUCGUCCGAUGGUACGAAAUUAUGGACGGGCGGUUUAGAUAAUACAGUGCGAAGUUGGGACUUACGUGAAGGCAAACAACUGCAACAGCACGACUUCAGUUCGCAGAUUUUCUCGUUAGGGUAUUGUCCGACGGGAGAGUGGUUGGCUGUAGGAAUGGAGAACUCACACGUUGAAGUGUUGCACGCGUUAAAACCGGACAAAUACCAAUUGCAUCUGCACGAAAGUUGUGUUCUUAGUUUAAGGUUUGCCACGUGCGGAAAGUGGUUUGUGUCGACGGGCAAGGACAAUUUGCUUAAUGCGUGGCGGACGCCCUAUGGAGCCAGCAUAUUCCAGUCGAAAGAAUCGUCAAGUGUAUUGAGUUGUGACAUUUCAACGGACGAUAAAUACAUUGUGACGGGCUCUGGUGAUAAGAAGGCCACAGUUUACGAAGUGAUUUAUUAAAUUUCGCGGGGCCAGAUAGGACAUUUCCACCAACAUGACAAUUAUUUUCCACUGUGACAAUGUUUUACACAUUGCUACAGUUUCUACGAAUUAUAUAGAUUCUACUUUGUACUGACGAAUCAUUAGUAAAAUUGAAUAAACGGGAAACAAGUGAUGAUUAUUUUAUGGUUUUCUUUGAUUCGAAAAAAAUUGUACGAUAUUUGUUAUUUGUUUAUUCAAAAUGUUGUUAUUAUGUGUGUGAAUUAGGUGUCUCAAACGCAAAGAUUAUGUAGCAUAUUUUUCGUAUUAAAUAAAAAUACAAGACA